AUGUCGUAUCGAUAUAAUACCUCUCGACGAAAAGGACAAAUGAGUUCCUUGUAUCCUCACGCUUUGGUUCCGUUGGAUUGUACACAUGAAGAGGAAUUACGUGCCUCAUUUCCGAAACCUCCGAGUAAUAGACAAAUACCAAAAAUUAUACAUCAAACCUAUAAGCCUUCCAAUGAGAACGAGCUUCCCAAAGGAAUGAGAGCUGCCAUGGCUUCCUUUAAAAAUUUAAACUGCAACUAUUCGUAUCGAUAUUAUGGAGAUGAAGAAGCGUUGCAAAUGCUCAUGGAACAUUUCGGAAAAGACUCGGACGAAGUCUAUGCGUUUCAACAUUUAAUUCCUGGCGCUUACAAAAUUGAUUUUUGGAGAUAUGCAGUGUUGUGGAUUCAUGGAGGAUAUUAUGCCGAUGCCGAUAUGGUAUUAAGGGAGUCCUUAGAUUCCUGGAUUUCUCCCAACGCGACGUUUGUCCUUCCUGUGGAACUUGGACUUCCUUUUUUUGGAUUCAAUAUUGCAUUCAUGGGAAGUGUACCUCGUCAUCCUUUACUUCGCAUUGCAAUGGAUAUGGUCAUUUACAAUGUGAAAAACAAAUAUCUACCUCAAGUUCCAGGAGAGGAAGGAGACGAGGAACCUUCUUUUCGAGCAACGCUUGCAGUUACGGGUCCUAUUCUCAUGGGAAAAGCGUUUAAUCGAUAUUUGAAUGAGCCUGAUGAAGCUCCUCAUAAUAUUGCAAAAGCAGAAUGUCUUCAAAUUCAAAUAUUGGGAUUUUGUAAAUUACCCUAUGGUCCUCCCUCUUCUUCAGAGUUUUUAACCACCAUUCCCAAUGUGGAGAACUUUGAUAUAUGUGAGGGUCGUUCUGUGAUUCGAUUCAAAUACCCUGGAUAUGAUAGUGAGCAGAAGUAUAGUGGAGAACCUCAUUAUGUGGUUCAGUAUCAUAGAAAGCAAAUAUUUCUUUAA